AUGAGGACAAAGGAUAAGGACAAAGCAAUACCUCCUUGCCUAAAAGUAAAACAACCGACUCCUGAUUGGUUCCGCAUUGUGUCAGAAGUAAUAAAUCGGCAAAUAGGUAAUAGAUCGUUAUUCCAAAGAAGAUUCUAUGGUUCUUUACUUGCAGUGGAACGACUCGAGUUUAUGCAUACCCUUGAGCAUCCGUAUCACGUAGGUGCCUUAAAUUUCAAUCAAAAAGGAAAUUUAUUAGUGAGUACGUCUCAUGAUAUUGUGUCUAUUUGGGAUUGGGCCAUAAGGAAAAAGCGUUACUGUUUUGAAGGUUCCCGUACAUAUAUGAUAUACGGAAAAUGGCAUGCCAUAUGGUUGCCAUUAGAUGUGGAAAAUUUUAUUGUCACUACUGAUGUAAGUGGUACUAUAUGUUUAUUCGAUCUUGAACACAACGCAUCAAAAAUACUGAUAGAUUAUGAUGGAGGGAAAACUGUGGCUGUGCCUGAAACACCUUAUGUGGUGUUUUCUGCUGGACAUAGUUCAAGGAUAUUGUCGAUAGAUAUUCGACAGAGUACACCAAAUGAAUUACUUGUGGUAAGAGAAGAUCAAAACCGAGUUCGUCUAACCAGUAUACAUUGUAAUCCUUCUAAUAGUAAUGAAUUUUGCGUCAGUGGCUAUUCUUCCUAUGUGAGGGUAUAUGAUCGGCGAAGUGUUUCAAAACCGCUUUAUCAAUUGUGGUCCAAUAAGUAUAACAUGGUACGUUAG